AGCCCUGGAACGACUGCCCAAGGAAGCGGCGCAGUCGCCACGCCGGGGGUGUUUAAAACACCCCCACACGCGGCCGUGACGACAGCGUUCCAUUGCCCGGCCGCUGCCAUCUGGGCGCUGCCGGCAGACGCGGGGGGGAAAGGUGCGGCCGCCCCCCCACCAGCUCAUGCGAGUGGUGCGCUCCACGCACGGCGUGCGUCCUCGCGGGCCAAUAGGGAGCGGCUGCGGGCGCAGUUCAAACUUCGGCGGCGGUUGGGGCGGGCGCUGCCGGUGCUCCCGGCCCCGUCCCUUGUCCGCUCCCGGUCCCGCUCCUCCUGGCCCGGUCCCGCUCCUCCUGUCCCGGGCGGGCAUGGCUGACGAGGGCGCCGUCACGGUGUGCGUGCGAGUGCGGCCGAUCAUCGCCAGAGAAAAUGCCUCGGGAGAUAAAGUGCCCCUGUACUGGAGAAGUGAGAAUAAUACUGUUUCCGACGUGAGCGGUACCAAAAUAUUUAGUUACGAUCGUGUGUUUCACUCAAGUGACAACACUCAGCAGUUGUAUGAUGGUGUAGCUGUUCCAAUUAUACAGUCAGCUGUGCGAGGCUAUAAUGGCACGAUUUUUGCUUACGGACAGACUGCUUCAGGGAAGACUUACACAAUGAUGGGGAAUGAAGAUUCCGUGGGCAUUAUCCCUAAGGCAAUUCAGCAUGUGUUCAAAAUUAUUUGUGAGAUUCCUGAAAGAGAAUUCCUGCUACGGGUUUCUUACAUGGAAAUCUACAAUGAAACAAUUACUGAUUUGCUUUGUGAUAAUAGGAAAAAGAAGCCUCUGGGAAUUCGUGAGGAUGUUAAUAGGAAUACGUAUGUAGAAGAUCUGAUUGAAGAAGUAGUGGUUGCCCCAGAACAAGUUAUGGAAUGGAUCAGGAAAGGAGAAAGAAAUCGCCAUUAUGGAGAAACAAAAAUGAAUGAACACAGCAGCCGUUCUCACACUAUCUUCAGAAUGAUCAUUGAAAGCAGAGAACGAAGUGACCCUGCAAAUGCAAACUGUGAUGGAGCAGUCAUGGUUUCCCACUUGAACUUGGUAGAUCUGGCAGGCAGUGAAAGAGCGAGUCAAACAGGAUCUGAAGGUGUUCGACUGAAAGAAGGCUGUAAUAUAAAUCGGAGCUUGUUCAUUCUGGGUCAAGUUAUCAAAAAACUUUGUGAUGACCCUUCUGGCUUCAUAAAUUACAGAGACAGCAAGCUGACUCGAAUUCUGAAGAACUCCCUUGGAGGAAAUGCUAAAACAGUUAUUAUUUGUACAAUUACUCCUGUUUCUUUUGAUGAGACACUCAGCACUCUUCAGUUUGCCAAUACAGCCAAAGGAAUGAAGAAUACACCAAAAGUCAAUGAAGUUCUUGAUGAUGAUGCACUGCUGAAGAGAUACCGCAAAGAAAUUCUGGAUUUGAAAAAGCAGCUGGAGGAAGUGUCUUCAAAAACUCAGAUUCACGCAAUGGAAAAGGAUCAGCUGGCCCAGCUGUUGGAAGAAAAAAAUUCCCUUCAAAAAGUACAGGAGGACAGGAUACGAAACUUAACUGAGAUGCUGGUGACUUCUGCUUCCUUUGCCUCAAAACAGAAUGUUAAAGCCAAGAGAAAAAGAAGAGUUACUUGGGCUCCUGGUAAAAUAAACCAGGCAAAUGUGAGCUUUUUUGAAGACUUUGAAAAUGUAAUGCCGACUGAAACAAAAAAAAUGAAGUUGUCUCUGCCAGCAAUACCAGAUGUGGAGGAUUCUGCCUUAGAGAAUUUUGGGUAUGACAGCCAUUGCCGGAUGGUUCCUGAUCAAAUUUCAGAAGCAGAAUGGGUUGCUGGUCCCAGCAUGAAUUGGAUCCAGGAAGACUUUGAAGAAUCUGUGCAACUCUGUGAAGCAUUAGCACUAGAAAAGGAUAUUGCUGUAAAUGAGGUCAACGUCCUGCAAGCUAACUUUGAUAACCUAGUGCUGGAAAAUGGGCAGUUGAAAUCAGAAAUAAAUGAACUGAAAGAGAAACUGAAGGAAAAAACAGAAAUCGAUGAAUUUGAAGCACUGGAAAAGCAAACACAAAAAGAUCAUGAGAUUGAACUAAUGCAGGAAAUUACCAGCUUAAAGAAUCUAAUUUCAAAUGCUGAAGUGUACAGUGAGGAACUUGAGGCAGAAAUAAAUUCCAAACUGGAACAGCUGAAAGAGAAAGAGAACAAAAUAAAAAUGUUACAGAAUCGUGUGGAAGAACUACAAAAAGCAGAAGUGGAAAAAAAGGAGACAUCUUUUGCACUGGGAGAUUGUGAUAAACUAACUGAAGAAAUUCAGCAGCUGAAUAAGUCCCUCUUAGACAGUGAAGCCAUAGCCUUGGAUGCCAAAAAGGAAUCUGCUUUUCUCAGAAGUGAAAAUUUGGAGUUGAAGGAAAAGAUGAAUGAACUCUUAAAUAACCACAACCAAAUGCAAAAGGAUGUCCAGUUAUAUCAAAGCCAAAUAGAAGCGGGAAAAGCCAGUUACCGAAAAAUGCAAGCUGACUUGCAGAGAGAGCUGCAGUCUUUAUUUCAAGAAAACACAAGACUAACUUCACUGAUGGAGGGUAAAGUUCCAAAAGAUUUGCUUUCUCAUGUGGAGCUGGAAAAAAAGGCAGCUGACUUAAAAGGAGAACUAGAAAAUGCUUUGAAAGAGAAUGCAUUUCUACAGAAACAAGUAAAUGAGCUAUCAGAAUUGCAAUCUCUACCAAAUACUGUUGAGAUGCAAAAGAAAGAGAUUCUUGAAAAAUGUGAGGAGUUACACUUAUUAAAAUUGGAAAAUGAAAAGCUGCUUUCUGAAGUAACUGAUAAUGAAUUGAGACUUAAGCAUAUGUCUGAAGAAAUUGAAAAAUCAAAAGACAAUCUCACAGAUGUACAACUGAAAUACACAAAGUCUGAUGAGCAAUAUGUAGCACUUAAACAGCUCCAUGAAGAAAUAGAACAAAAAUACAGAGCUGCAUCAGAAACCAAUGAACAAAUGAAGCUCCAAAUAGAAUGCCUAUCUAAAGAAGCACAAGAGUCUAAAACAAUUUUGGAUGAAAUUAAAUUAGAGCUCUCUAGCAAAACGAAAGAACUGGAAGAGAGAGAAGCAGAGCAAAAUCAACUUCUUGAGCUAAGAGAAAAUCUUGUUCAGACUCAGCAGAAGUUAAAUGAACUGGAGCAAUUAAAAGAGGAGGAAGAAAGGCUUAGUGAAGUGAGACCGGAGGCCAAAGAUUUGGAGAUCCAGGCAGUCUUGCAGCAGCUUACAGAAUGUCGGGAAGAAAUAAAAACUCUAACCCAGGAAAGAGAUGACCUGAAACAAAAAGGGGAGUUUCUCCAAGCUGAGACUGAGCAACUCAGAGAGGAUAUAAAGGACACGGUUUCAAUGAACAUCGUGGCACAGGAAGAUCUGAGAAAUACACAAAACUCUCUGAAGGAAUCCCAGAAAACUGUCAAGAAGUUGGAAAAAAGUAUUUCUGAAAAAGAAUCUCAGAUUUUGAGUGUUGAAGAGGCACUAGGGAAAACCAUUAAAGAACUCCAAAUACGGAUCUCAGAAAUGAGAGAAGAAAUUAAAAUCAUCACAGCAGAGAGAGAUCAGCUUGCUGAGGAAAAAUUAGGAAGUAACAACUGUAGAGAAAGUGACCAGCUUCAGGUGCAAAAGGAACAAAUCAAUUUCCUUACUCAAGAGAACCGUUCAUUGCAGGAGAAGCUGGACAGUUUACUUUUGAAAAGAGAGGAGUCUGGGGAAGGAACUUUGUCUCUUACAAAACAGCUACCACAGAUUCAAGGACAAUCCAUGGAGCAAGAGUUAUUUCUUCUGAGAGAAGAGCUGAGCCAGGCACUACAGAAAUUGCAUGAAAUGGAGGAAGCAAAGGCCAGUGAAUAUCAAGGGGAAUCUGAAAAAAUGGAGAGAACAGAUGUUAUUCCAAAACCAUAUGACUGCCAGGAAGUCAGUGCCCAGACAGAAGGAGAUGGUGAUGAUUUUAAAAUGCAACUGGAAAAUCUCCAGAAAGAGAGAGACCAGCUAAGAGAAACGCUACAGGAAAUGAUUAGCAAGAACUCGGAGAUGCAGGAGGAGUUGAGAUGUACUUGUGAAGCUCUUGGACAACAUCAGGAGCAGAUUGUGGAGCUGACAGGAAGAAUUGCAGAGAAAGAAAACCAGAUCUUGAGGGCGCAAGAGGAAUUGAAGGAAAAAACUGAUGAACUGCAGCAGAAGCUUUCUGAAGUCACUGAGAACCUGACUCGUGUCUCAGCUGAGUACAGUGACCUCCUGGCAGAAAAGCAACAAACUGAAGGGGCAAUGAGUGAGCAAGUGUGUCAGCAGCUUGAGAGAAUCACUUCACUUAACAAGGAGAAGGAAGAGCUUCAGCAAAUGGUAGAGACUUGUAAAGAAAGGGAAGAACACUUGUUGAAGGUUCAGAGGCAAUCAGAGAUAUCGGCAGACAGCCUGACAAGCAAGGUGAGGACUUUUGGUGAGCUUCUUGAGAAAUUCCCAAGUAUGAGGGAGAGAUAUGAAUGUCUGUCUACAGUGUCUCUUAAGCUGAGGAGUGAACUGAACAGUCAGAAAGCACUGAUAGCUGCGAUACUGCCUCAGCUCACACUGGAGCAGAGUAAACAAAUCAAAACACUUCAAACUAAAAAUGAGGCAAUCAACAGUCGUCUCCAGAGGUUAUUGACCAAAUUGAAGGUUCUGUUCAGCUGUGCUUGCACAAAGAGAAGAGAGUACCACACUACUGUUCACAGGUAUGCAAUGGAAUUGCUUGAGGAAAAGAGAAAACAAGAUCACCUACAAUCCCAGAUUCAAUGUCUAAGGAAGAUGAAUUUGAAGCAGAAUGAAGUAUCAUCGCAAGAGUUAAACAGCUGUGAAGGGCUGCAGAGUUUGCACUUGGAUGCAGAGAGCAUUGUCAAAGAUGUAUCAGAAAUGGAAAAUGAACUUCUCUGCAUAGAAGCAGAGUUAGAGCAGGAAGAAAGUGCUAGAAAAGAAACAAUACAGUUCUGGGAAGCUUGUUCAGGAACUCACUGGGAUGCAGAGGAGCUGAAAGAAGAACUAAAGAAAGAUAAUGAAAGACUCUUGCAAGUCUUUGAAUUCUGGUCUCCUAAAGUAAAGAUACUCCUUGAACUUUGUUCAGAGCUGGAUGCCAGAACUGCUGAUUAUAGUAAAAAUGCUGAUGUUGAAUUAAAACAGAGAAAGGAGAAAAAUGAAGAGUUGCUUCAGGAUCUAAACACUCUAAAAGAAAAACUGACCCCUGGUGGCUCUGCCAGUCUAGCAUUAGAAGAAGAAAAUUACAGGCUUCAUAAUAAAUUAAAGGCUGCAGAAGAAGAUAAAAAGGCUAUGAAAGUAAAAAUUCAGAAGUUAGAAAAUGUAAUAAAUGAAGUAGGAGACAGUGUCAAAGAGAGAGAUGAGAAGAUAAGCAAGUUACAAGCACAGAUGAGAAUAAGAACAGAGACAAGUGAGCUCACCCAACUGCAAGCCAAACUGAAUGAGAUGGAUAAUUGCCUCAGGACUGCCUUAGCAGAGAAGCAGAGUCUUCAGGCAAAAUUAGAUAAAGGUGCUGAGCUGUACAAAGAAGAAAUUGACCAUCUCAAAACACAAUUGGUAAAAAGUGAUCUGGAAAGAAUGAAACAAUCCAACUUCUUUGAAGUGAAUCUUCGUAAUUAUAAAGCCACUGCAGAACACCAAGAACAACAGUUAAAAAAGCUAAAGGAAGAACUGAGAAGAGCACGCCAAGAGCAAGAUGUUACUGUGCUGAAAGAAGCAGAUCCUCAGCAAUCCCAAAUACCCCUUACUUGUGGUGGCGGCAGUGGUAUUGUGCAGAGCACACAAAUACUUGUUCUAAAAUCUGAACAAGCCAAGCUACAGAAAGAGAACUUGCAGCUGAAGAAGCAAAACGACCUUCUACUGAGUGAUGUACUUCAACUGAAAGAGGAACUCAGGAAAUGGAAAGAAAGAGCACUAAAAUGGAGAGAACAAUCCUCAAGAGAAACUACUCGAGAGACAAUACCAAAGUCUCCUAAAAAGGCAGUGUCAUAUUUCUUUAAAGAGCAAAUGCCUUCACCCUGCAAGGAAACUGUUUCUCAGGAAACAGUGACUCAGGACCUACCAAAACCUCUGCCUCUUAUUUGUCCAACAAAUUUCUUUGAUAAUUCCAACUGGGGUUUGCUAACAGAUACGCGACCUGCGGGCACAGAGUCCACAGAAGAACAUCUUAAGCACUUGUGUGGGACUUCAGACAGAGAUAAAGCCCCUGAUUGCAGCACCCAGUAAAGAUGCUCUGUUGUUAGCUGCCCUUACAGUGCCUACAGCCAAGAUCUGCAUAUACAAAAGAAAAUUGCUUCAGGUUAAAAACCAUCAGCCUCUUCCAUCUUUGCUGUCUUGGAGUUUCUAUUUCUCACACCUGGGAAAGCUGGAAUAUGAGGACAAAGAUGGAAAACCAGAUGUCCCACAACCUGCUAAUCUGCUGAUGUUCUGCUUUGGUGUUUUGAUGUGGACUUUUUUUGAUGGCAAAGAGAGGCUAAUGUACUGAAGAAAAAAUGGAAACAAGGAAUGGAUGACAAACUAAUUACUGUGAAACUUCUCAAUCUCCAACUUUUCAUUCUAUCAUUCCUAGAACAGCCCUUUUCUGGGAUGUUGAUAUUUCUGUCUUCAAAGUGCUGUUGACUUGGCAAGAAAUAUUUUUUUUGUUUGUUAGCAUGUGGUUUUCAUACCAUACUUCCAUUAGGCCAAUAGAAACUGCACUUUCAUCACAAUCUUGACUUCUUUGGACACUGUAACCGAAGUUACUGAUCUUCUGUUUGUAGAGCACACAAUCAAGGGUUCCUCUUAAACUCCUUAAAAGUUUCUGCAGCUCAGCCAAUUGUGGUACCGUGAGUAACUUUGAAUUUUGCAUCAUUUUUCAACACACCUGUCUGAAGUUGUGUAUUGGAUUCUUUUAAAAUAGUAAACAAUGGACUUCACACUCUUCUGCUUCUCUAGUGAAGGGAAAACAAACCAGAUCAUUGUGGCAAGAUGGACUCUUUAAUUAACCUACUUAUCUGUGUUGUGAGACCUACAUUUUGUAUGUUUUAUAUAAGAAAUUUGAACUUGA